AUGGCUCUGGACAGCGGACAGAAGGCGCUGCUGUUGAAAACGCUAAUGGAGCUGGGGGAGGACGAAUUCGAGUCCUUCAAGUUCUGCACGGACCUGCCGAAAAGCGUUUGUGAAAACACCCGCCGUGUGUACAUUGCUAACGAGCUGAUAAAGAAGCAUGGCAAGAACACUCUUGACCAGACCAUCAUGCUUCUGGAGGAGAUCGGGAACAACAAUUUGGCCGAGAAGCUGCGGAGCGACAUGCUGAAAAUAGAAGGCGCCGUCUUGUCCGUCGAUGAUGAUGAUAAGAUGAACCGAUUGAAGGGGGAGCUGCAAGAACACUUGAAGGGUUCAUACAAGUUUGCUUCCGAGGACACCGCCGAGCGCUGGGAGGAUCGGCCUCUGGCGGAUGUCUACACAGAGCUGGAUGUCACCUACGGGGCAGACGUCAGCCCAGACGAGCGGCACGAGGUCCUCCAGAUGGAGACGUGUGCCACCACGGCCAAAGAGUCUAUCCUGCCAUGCAACAUCUUCAAAAGCCCUGACAGGAAGCGGCGACCGAUACGCACGAUGCUUACUGUCGGCUUCGCGGGAAUAGGCAAAACCUUCCUCAUUCAAAAGUUUGUGUGGGACUGGGCCAGCGGUGAAAAAAACCAGGACGUGCACUUCAUAUUUCCCUUCACCUUCCGCGAGUUAAACAUGGACAAAGAGAAGAGCUUUACGCUGGCCGAGCUAAUACGAUGUUAUGUCUGCAAAAACAGGCACAUGAGCAAGAAGAGACUGAACAAUAUAUUUGCCAACCUGCAGAUGUCUGACAAGCAGGACUACGAAAGCAGCAGAUUCAAGAUCUUGUUUAUCCUCGACGGACUGGACGAGUGCAACUUCAAAAUCGACUUGGAGAAUACGGGGAAAGUGGACAUGGACGUGGGGGAAACCUACCCGCUGGACGUACUGCUGGCGCAUCUCAUCAAUAGGAACCUGCUUCCGUGCGCCAGGGUUUGGAUCAGCACGCGGCCCGGGGCAGCCCGCAAGAUCCCCUCCAACCUCAUAGACAGCAGAACAGAGGUGAGAGGAUUCAGCGAUUCCAUGAGGCUGGAGUACUUCAGGAAAAAGUUCCCAAAUGACGAGCAUGUCAUUGAGCACAUUCGAAAAUCUCACACCAUCUUCAUCAUGUGCCACAUGCCCAUCUUCUGCUGGCUCAUCGCCAGAGUUCUUCAGGAUUAUUUGAAAAAAGGGAAGAAGGGAGAGCUUCCUACAACGCUGACCGACAUGUAUUCAGCGUUUGUUGGUCGCCACCUGGUAAAUUCCGAGGAGAGAAAUACAACAGAGUACAAACUUGACAUGAAAGCGCUAGCAAAGCUGGCCUUUCACCACACCAUGAAUAAUAAUCAGAUCUUCUAUGACAAGGACUUGGAGGACAGCGGCUUUGAUUACGGCAAAGCGGCAAAACACUGCGGUUUAUUCACAGAGGUGUUUAAGGAGGUCGAUCCGCUCAAAAGCAAGAAACAAAAGAUGUUUCAGUUCAUCCACCUGACCAUCCAGGAAUAUCUGGCCGCAUUCUACGUAAUGAUGUGUUUCUUCCACGACAAGAAGAACAUACUGGAUGAUUCAGGAUGGUCACUGGAAAAUUGUGUCAAGCUUUGGAAGCAGAAGAAAAUCACUCAGGUCCACCGGUCAGCUCUCCAGAAAGCCUCGGAGAGUGAAGGACACCUGGACCUGUUCCUACGCUUCCUCUUAGGCCUUUCCUUGCCAUGCAACAAUGAAUUAGUGAAGGAUCUGCUGAAGGCUCCUCAGGACUGCGGGCAAAGCAAGUCAAAGACAGUCAAGUUGAUCCGGAAAAGGAUCAAACGGAACACUCCAGAGAAGAACGUCAACUUGUUCUACUGCUUAAACGAGCUGAAGGACAACUCCUUGCAGAAGCAGAUCCAGCAGGAACUAAAUCAGGAGUCAGGGCGUUUGUCCAGGAGUCAAAUGUCAAAUGAGAUGUGGUCGGCCCUGGCCUUCUUCUUGCUUACAGAUGACAAAACCAUGAAGUCCUUUAAUCUUGCCAGCUACUCCCCAUCGCGGUUAGGCCUCGAGAAGCUGUUGGUGGUGGUCAAAGCUUCUAAAAAAUCAGAUCUGGCCAAUUGUAACCUGGACAAAGGCAGCUGUCACCUGCUGGCUUCCGUUCUCAACUCUCAAUCCAACCUCAGGCAUCUGGAUCUAAGCUACAACAAACUGUCGGACGAAGGGGUCGAGAUCCUCUCAAAAGGAUUGUCCAGUCCACACUGCAUCUUACAAGUCCUUAAGCUGAAAAACUGCAAGAUCAGGAAGCGAGGAUGUGUUUCAUUGGCCGAGAAGUUAGAACUCUCCCAUCUUGAAGAGCUGGACCUGAGUCACAACGAUCUGUCGGACGAGGGGGUCGAGAACCUCUCGAAAGGACUGGCCAGCCCACACUGCAAAUUAAAAGUCCUAAACCUGUCAGCGUGCCUGAUCACUAUGCGAAGAUGCCUUUCAUUGGCUGAGGCUCUAAAGUUAAACUCCUCCCAUCUUCAAGAGCUGGACCUGAGCAAAAACAAUCUGUCGGACGAGGGGGUUGGGAUCCUCUCAGAAGGACUGGCCAGCCCACACUGCAACUUAAAAGUCCUCAAUCUGUCCAAGUGCUGGAUCACGAAUCGAGGAUGCGUUUCAUUGGCUGAGGCUCUCAAAGUAACCCCCUCCCAUCUUGAAGAGUUUGACUUGAGCGAGAACAAACUGUUGGACGAAGGUAUCGAUACCCUCUCGGAAGGACUGGCCAGCCCACACUGCAUCUUAAAACUCCUCAAGCUGUCCGACUGCGGGAUCACCAGCAUAGGAUGUGUUUCGUUAGCUGAGACUCUCAAGAUAAACCCCUCCCAGCUUCAAGAGCUGGACCUGAGUUACAACGAUCUGUCGGACGAGGGGGUUAAGAUCCUCUCGAAAGGACUGGCCUGCCGACACUGCAAUGUAAAAGUCCUCAAGCUGUUAAAGUGCAAGAUCACAGGAGAGGGGUGUGUGUCAUUGGCUGAGGCUCUCAAGUUAAACCCUUCACAUCUUGAAGAGCUGGACCUCAAGGGCAAUCAAAUAGGAAAAAGAGGAGCGAGGGUCUUAUUGGAGAUCACGGAGGAUCCCAGCUAUAGCCUGAAGACUGUCUGGUAG